CCAAAAAUUCAACCAAAAAAUGGCAGUAGCUUCAGACCGAUUCUCUUCUUUACCGGACUCGGUUCUUCUUCACAUACUCUCUUUUCUCCCUUUUGACGACGUCGUUCGGACAAGCCGUCUCUGCAAACAGUGGAGAACUCUCUGGUGUUUCAGUAGCUUCCUCAAUUUCAUUCAUCGUCCUAAAGACUUAGUUUCUUUGAAAAAGUUUGUUUCUUUUGUUGACAAAUCACUCAUUAACUUACACUGUAACUGCAAUACAGUUUCAAGAAUUCACCUUGAUUUCCCUUUCAAACGUUGUUUUACAUCUGAUGUUACUGUUUGGGUCCUUUUUGCUGUCUCAUAUAAAGUCAAAGAACUCAACUUGAUUCUUGCUAAUGAUGCUGAGGAUGCUUAUUGUUUGCCUAAGAGGUUGUUUUUGAACUCUUCUCUUGAAAAGGUGAACUGGGUUUCUUGUAGAUUUGAGAAAAUUGAGGUUGUUAGAUGGGAUUCUUUGAGGGAAUUAAGAAUUGGGUCGAUGGAAUUUCGUGACGAUAUGGUGAGGAAAGUUGUUGUUGGUAGUCCGUGUUUGGAGUUGUUGGAGUUGGAUAAUUGUUGGGGGUUUAAGCGUUUGGAUUUAGUGGGUGGGAAGGUGAGUAAGUUGGUGGUGAAUGGGUAUAGGGAAGUGAGUACCUUGGAUUUUGAAGUUGAAAUUGAAGCACCCUGUGUUAAGGUUUUGGAGUUAAAGGGGUGUUUUAGAAUGAAUAUUCAGUUGAAAAAUGUGAUGAAUUGUGUUUCUGCUAAGCUGGAUUAUCACUUUAAGAUUCCUAAGGAAGAGGAGCGUAGUAACUUUUAUGAACAGCAAAGACAUAUAUUGAUGGCCAUGUUUGGGAGUUUAAGGCAUGUCAAAGAUGUUAUGUUUGGGACAUGGUGCAUUGAGGUUAUGGCAUCUUGGGGCAUGACAUAUAUACCAUUUUCCAUGACCAGAUGUGAGUGUUUAACAUUGCAUACUCCCAUCCAGGAGCGCUAUCUCGCUGGCAUUGUACGCUUAUUACAAAGUUCAUUCAACCUUCGAAAGUUAAUCAUACAUAUGGCCCCACCCUAUUUUGAGUUCGAGACUUGCUUUGUUCCAGUUGUACAUGAUGUUUACUCUGUUGGAGGAAAGUUUCAACUGUCUAUGCUUUCUAAAGAUUGGGGUCUUAACCUUAAAAAGGUUAAAGUUUGUGGCUUUGAAGGAAUGCGAUCUGGCCUAGAAGUUCUAUUUCUGCGCGAUCUUCUUUUGGUAUCUGCUAACCUUGAGGAGAUGGUUAUUGAAUGGAGGAGAUCUGGACAUCAGAACUCGAUUCCGGAUCCAUCAGAUGAUUUUGUGACUGAAAGUUUAUUAAACGUUCGAGGACGCUCAAAGAAUGCUGUGAUUUUGUUCAAAAACUAACUCUUGAUUUUCUGCUGCCUGUUUUACAUUAAGCAAGCACCAGAGGAAGAUGUUGCUAUUUUUUUCUUCUGGAAAUAGUAUUCAGUAUGUUGCUGAAGCAUGUUAGUAAGAAAUGAAUUUGCUAACUAUAGUCAGAAAGAUUUUUCAUUAUUUUCCUUUUCAUGUUGUGCUCUAUUGAAUAUUUUUGCCAUUUGGUGUCCAAUAUCCGUAUUGAAAUCCAUCUAUUCUGAAUUCCGCGCUGCA